AUAUUACAAUUGAUAUUGCAAAUGAUGAAGUUAUUUUAAGUAAAGAUGAUUUUAUAAAAUUAAUUAAUAGAACAAAUCAAUUAGAAAUAUUUCAAGCAGAAAAUCAAAAUUUAAAUAAAGAUUUAAAUAUUUCAACAUCAAAAGAAAGAUCAAUAGAAAAUGUACAAAUUGUUGAUAUUGAAGAAUAUAGAUUAAAAUCAAUAACAGAUUAUAUUAAAGCACUUUCAAUGAUAACACAAAUACCAUCAUUAUAUAAAUAUUUAGAACAUAAUAUUUUACCAGUU